AUUUGGUCAUAAAAGAUUAAUACUACUCAGUAGGCUUUGCAAUACGCCAAUACCCAUUCUAAUUUCCCUCUUCAAACAAUAUUCUCUCCCUCACAGAGAGGGCUCUCUUCUUCUUGAUUCACAUUCUAAACUUUAAACUUCUCGAAGUGUUUCCAACAAAACCAAAUCCUAGUAGGGAGUUCAAAAAACAAUGACGAAGAUAGGAGGUAUUCUUGUUUGUUUAGUCAUAGUGGGCUUAGAUGUAGCUGCUGCAAUCCUCGGAAUCCAAGCAGAAGUCUCCCAAAAUCAGGUGAAGCACAUGAGGCUAUGGUUAUUAGAGUGUAGAGAGCCGAGCCAAGAUGCGUUCAGGCUCGGUCUAGGUGCAGCCGCGAUAUUGGUAAUGGCUCAUGUCCUCAUCAACUUGGUCGGAGGCUGUCUCUGUAUUUGCUCUCAAGACGAGUUUCAAAGAUCUUCUUCCACUAAGCAAAUCUCCAUGGCUUGUCUCGUCCUCACUUGGAUCGUGUUCGCCGUUGGAUUCGGGGCUUUGGUGAUUGGAACGAUGUCAAACAGCAAGUCAAGAUCCUCUUGUGGAUUCACACAUCACCAUUUUCUCUCCAUUGGAGGGAUCUUGUGUUUUCUUCAUGCCCUCUUUUGUGUCGCUUAUUACGUUUCUGCCACUGCUGCUAAAGACGAAGCUGCUAAGUGACAAAGAGAGUUCACGAUAAGUGUUGGAACCAGGUGGGUCCUUGUCCUUGACUAUGUAUGUUCCAUGUCCUUGACUAUGUAUGUUCCAUGGUAAUUGUGUAGCAAUUUUUAAUUAUUUAACAUAGUACAUUUUUCUUUUUUUUGUUUCCUUUUUUGAAUUGUUUCUCUUAUUUCGAAGUCUCUUUUGUAAUUUGGAAAGUCGUGUCAUUUUGAAGAAACAAAAAUGAAAGCUUUAUGUCA